UUGGCAACGUACUAUCAUCGACAGGUUUUGGGAAUCAAGUUUUAAAGUUUCUGUUGCGUGGCAAACAUGUGAUGAGACUGUUUUAAACUCAUUAGAUUCGUUACGUUAAUAGCAAAUUAUUUUUUUAGAAAAAAAAUAUAACAAAAUGGCGUACAAUAAAUUAUCUCGUGUUUUUCUGCACCUCGCUUUCAUUUAUGUUACUUUCUGUGAAGAAAAGAGUGAAGAGAGUAAAAUGGAACCGACACAACUGCCUCAUUCUCAUUCGCACAGCCAUCAUCUUCCACAUCGUAUGCACAGUGGAGAAAAUUGGCUUCAUAGUUUUGCAUGGAAUGUGAUUGGUUACUCAGUCAUCCUCAUCCCUGCUUUUUUUAUAAUGCGCAUGAUUAAAACGUCGAAUUUUAACGAAAGGGAAGGGCAAGGCUUCAUGUUCCGUUUGAUUCAAUGUUGUGUGUUUGGUGUUACCAAGGAAACAGCGUCAGCAGUAGCACCAGCUUCCAUCUUUCGAUGUUUUACUGGAACAACCUCAUCUGUGGUUGCAACAAAACUUAUUUUCUGUACUACAGGUCUGCAAGUAUCCUAUCUCACCUGGGGCGUCCUUCAAGAAAAAGUCAUGACACAGAAAUAUGGUGUGGGCGAUGAAGCUGUCCAUUUCGAAAAUUCAGAAUUUCUCGUCUUUAUGAAUCGUAUCGUUGCGCUACUCGUCGCUGCUACUUACGUUUUUUUUACGGCUCCCAACUGGAGUGGGCCGUUUUACAGAUUUUCCUUUAGCUCCUUGUCAAACAUUUGCAGCUCGUGGUGUCAAUACGAGGCUCUAAAGUUUGUCAGCUUUCCCACUCAAGUUCUUGGUAAAGCUUCGAAAAUGAUCCCAGUAAUGCUAAUGGGGAAAUUUGUGUCGAAAAAAACCUAUCAAUAUUAUGAGUACGUAGUCGCUGUGAUGAUCUCCAUAGGUGUGAGUCUUUUUCUUAUGUCGACAGCAUCCGAUAAACAUCACUCCGCUGCAACUACCGUGCCAGGAAUUGUGUUGAUGCUCGGUUACAUGGGUUUUGAUAGCUUCACAUCGAACUGGCAAUCAAAGCUAUUCAAGGAGUACAAAGUUUCUUCCAUGCAAAUGAUGUUUAACGUGAACGCUUUCUCAGUUUUGUUUACUUCGGCGCCUCUUUUGUUAAGUGGUGGUAUGUUUUACGCAGUCUCGUUUAUGAUGAAAUACCCGUCGUUUUUUUCGCACGUCGUUGUUAUCUCGCUUACCUCAGCGACUGGACAGUUGUUUAUAUUUUACACGAUUGGUGAGUUCGGACCUCUCGUUUUUACCAUCAUCAUGGUCACACGACAGAUGUUGAGCAUUUUGCUGUCCUGUUUAAUAUAUCGACAUGUGUUGUCCGCUCAAGCGAUUUUUGGUGUAACCAUAGUUUUUAUGGCUUUAUUUUUACAAAUUUAUGCAAAACACCGAAUCAGCCAAAAAACACAACAGCAACAAAUCACCACGAGGGAAGGUUCGGACAUGGCUUAAUAUACUCUCUAUGCUGGUAUUUAUAGUUUUAAAAUAUUUAUCCAUACUGCUGGCACAUUCGGCAGAACACUGUUUUUGCAAAACCUUAUUUAAAGAGGGGGAGAGUGAAAACUAUUCCUGCUCUCUUUUUUUUCUAAUUUUUAUAAUCACUGAACAAAUUUUUCACUGUAGCAAUUUAUUUGAUUUAUUUAUUUGACAUGUAAACGAUUCGUAGAAUUUCAUUGCAUGUUGACAAAUAUUUAUAAAAGAA